AUGGCUUCCCCACUCACCACCCUUCUGAACCUCUCCAUCACAGCCCUCUUCAUCUUCUCCCUCUCCAUUCCUCUUCCCACACCCUCAGUUUUUGCGGCGGGCGGUGGCGGCGGGAGCUUGCAGGAGAAGACGGUGCUGGGGUCGAAGCCGCCGCAAUGCAUCGGGAAGUGCUUGAAUUGCAGGCCCUGCUCGGCGACCCUGGUGGUGCCUGAGCACCGUGAGAGGAAGGGAUUCGAACCUCUGACUCGUAGAGAAAAAGAUGAUAGCUAUUAUCUUCUGCAUUGGAAAUGCAGAUGUGGGAAUAAGCUUUAUCAGCCUUGA